AUGGAGCAAAGACUCCGAGAACAAUCACUUGCACUGGAGGCCAGAGAGGAGGCUCUACCUUUGGAUGCCUCUGCUAUGAUCGCUAUUAGUGAUUAUAACGAUACUGACCAUUGUUCUGGUGUUGAAAGCCAGUCGGUCACUGCCGGAGCCCCUGCAGCCGACAAGAGUGCGCUUUCCGACCCGCCAGGGGGAUUCCGAGGAUCCUCGGUGGAUGCGGUGGUCCAGACACCACAGCGACCUUCGACAACUCGUCUGCGCGAGAGAACUUACGGCGAUGACCAGGUGGUCGAAACUUUAGCCUUUGAUUGCUUUGAUACGGAAAAUGUCUCGACAGACGUAACAAAGCUUGAACAGCCACUUUUGCAAGCAUUAAUCGACUUCUUUUAUCAAUCUAUCUACUCCAUUUUCCCAAUCAUCCACCGUCGCAGAUUCCAACCACAUUUUGAUCAUUGGUCUUCUUAUGGCAGGGACAAUGGUCCUAGUGCAGCUGAUCAUGAUUUUCAACCUCUUCUGUAUGCACUUCUCGCGGUCGCUGCUUCGGUAAUGCCCGAAAAUCACCCAAUCUUUGAGAACUCAAGCUUCGAAAUCUACAAAUGGAUGGAUCUUGGAGACCUGUUGUACCAUCAUGCUAUCUCGCUGAGUGCCGGCAGAUCUUGCCAAGAAAGCCCCUCGGCGGCUAUAAACACUAUCGCUGCACAGGGGCUUCUCAGUCUCUACCUGAUCGAGCGAGGCAAAGUGAAUGACGCGUGGGUCACUGCAGGGCAUGCAAUUCGCCUAUAUCAGGGCUUCGAUCUUGAGGAUAACGUCAGUGCUGCUAGCGAUGCAAAGGACCUACGUCUCGCACAUAGAAAUCUCUGGUGGUGUCUCUAUAUCUUGGAUCGCUCAUUGUCAACGGCACUUCUGAAACCAUUGGCUAUUGACGACGCUGAGAGCGAUAUUGAAUCUUGCGACGGAGAAGAAUACCUCACACCUUCGACCCUGGGACAAGCAGAUCUCUGGUUCUCGGUCGUUGCCGACUUUCAUAUCACUAUGGGCCGCAUUUACCGAUCGGUGAGGUUAAUUCGAAAAGCCGAGUCUUCCCGGAAUGCAAAUCUCAAGGAUACAGUUCGAUCCCACGUCAAGAGACAUGACGCAGAGCUCGAGAAGUACUAUAAAGACCAAGUCCUGCCGAAAAUCGAGACCUCCAACUCACAGGUGGGACCUCUUGCAUUGCAAACAAUUGCUGUAUCGUCAUACUACAUCGGGCUUGUCCUCCUUUAUCGCACUUUUAUCGAACGGUUCGAUAUUACCGAGCCGGACUCCCUUUUGCGAUGCGCCGAGGCUGCGUCUAACUGCAUCAAAGUCACCCCUCAAGUAAUUGCCCAUGUACCGGCGAGCCACUUUGUGAUCCAACAAAGUCGAGCUAUCUUUGCUAGUACAAAGGUGCUCCUCCACUGUAUGCGAUUGGCCCGAAACCCAAGCUUUACCAGAAAGGCCUGGUCAGAUGUUGAGAGCGGCCUGAAAAUGCUGCGAGAGGUGAAGAUUCAGUGGCCUGAGAUCAAGAAGUACCAACUUCUGACUGAAGAGGAUAUGCAUCACACUCAAACUGAACUUCACAAACAUGAUCUCUAUUACAAGACUUUUGACUCUUUUGGGCAGACGCUUGGUACAGGGGAGACCAGUGAAAGAGCGACACCACCCUUCAACAGAACAUAUCCGAGUCAACGCCCCAAAGAUUUCCUCGAUUUGCAAGGCCUCGAUAAUCUACAGUGGGAGCUUUCAAAUGGCACCACAAAUAGCGUACUCGCAACAGAGUCCUCCCAAAUUGCAGUUUCAGCAAAACACAGCCAGCCUGAAGAGCCUUCUCAACAACAAUCCAAGCGGAGAAAACUGCGUCAAUUUCCAUCGCAAUCACCCUUACCUGUCAAUGAUACCCUUGCUUUGGAUCUGCUCCCAAUGCUGAGAGAUUCAACUGAUUGUCCCAUAAUGGACCACAUGAUUACGACUGGAGAUCUCCUACUUCCUGAUAUUUCCCCAAGGUCAACUAAUUCGGAGGAACUGUCCACUUCUUUCUUCGGCGAUGCAUUGUUGAUGACCUCGAUUGAUCAAUUUUUCUCUCAAUCCGAAGCCUAA